AUGGUGGUGGCGGUGAUUGGUGGUGGUGGAAUGGAGUCCGUGCCGAUCCCAACGGCGUCGCUGCUACUGCAGGAGUGGCAGCAGCCACAACAACAGCAGCAGCAGCCACAACAACAGCAGCCACAACAACAGCAGCAGCAGCAACAGCAGCAGCAACAGCAGCAGCCACAGCAGCAGCAACAGCAGCAGCAACAGCAGCAGCAACAACACGCAGCAUACGAGGAGGCCUGUCGCGAUAGCGGGCUCACAACCCGUAGUCCCCUACCACCAUCUCCUACACAACAACAAGGUACAUCGUCCACUUCGCCAGUCGAGCGACACCGCCUCUCAGCACGGGUCACUUGGACGGACGAGUUCAAGGUAUGUGCCUGCAAGUGCGCCCCCUCAAAUCGGCAACGACGCUCGCACGCGAGCAGCGCCAAGCAGAAGAGCAAGAGAUGA